UGGUGGGGGGCUCCCUAUUCUUUUCUCCCCUCCCUGUAUCCCUUACACGCCUCAAGAGGGAGCAGGGAACCCCCAUCUUCUUUAUUAGCUACCUUACGCUCCGCGCUCUGCUGCCUACUCCCUGAAUGAGAUUAAGAUACUAAACGCGCAAGUACAGCUCACCAAUCUGCCCUUUCCUCUGUCGCUAGCUAACUAGCUUCCUCCCCCUUGUCUUCUUUGCUCCGCCCGUGCAGUCGCGUGCCCUCGCUGGCUUUUGGGGGAGGGGUGGGGUGAGAGCGUAGAAUUGUAUCUCUGCAAGAGUUGCUCCCCUCGCGGCUGCACAGGGGUAAAGUAGCAGUGCUGGGGUCUUGACGAAUUACUCUAGGCACUCAGACGGUUAUUGUUCAGAGCCUGUCUGCUGGAGAAAUCUUCUACUAGCUCCACUCCCCGCAGGCGGAGGCGCGGGGAGGAGGAAGUCGUUGCCACCUCCCCGGAGUGCUGCGUUCGGUGGGGGAGGUGGAGGUAGGAGGGAGUGAGGCUCAACAUGAUGGCGGCUGAGGCCGGGGUUGAGGAGGGCGGCUCGGUUACCGCUGCCGGGAUGGUGGGAACUGUUCGCGGAGCUGAGUCGGAGCACUACCCCACGUUUUGCCGAGGCAAGGAGCUGGGGUCGCAGGGCCCAUUCCUGGCUGGCUCUGGCGGGGACAGCCUGGGCGCUGGCGGUCCGGCGUUGUGCUCGGCGCUGGGGCUCCUGGCGUUAAGCUCCGGGCCUGCCUCUCUGGCCUCCCGAGACGCACUGCCAGCAACUGAACAAAGGCCGGAGGUGUCCGGAGAGGUGCUGCUCCCACCCAAACCCAGCACUGUCGCCUUUCCCCCGCUGCCGCCACAGCCACCUUCCUUGGCGGGGGGGCUGGGGAUUGUGGAUGAAGGUGACUCGUUGGAUGGGCCCGAGUAUGAAGAGGAGGAGGUGGCCAUCCCGCUCAACGCUCCCCCCACAAACCAGUGGUAUCAUGGAAAACUCGACAGAACAAUUGCAGAAGAGCGUCUUUGGCAAGCAGAAAAACCUGGAAGUUACCUUAUUCGAGAGAGUGAUCGGAGACCGGGUUCAUUUGUGCUUUCAUUCCUUAGUAAAACAAGUGUCAAUCAUUUUAGGAUUAUUGCCAUGUGUGGAGAUUAUUACAUUGGUGGACGUCGCUUUUCUUCACUCUCAGACCUAAUUGGGUAUUACAGUCAUGUGUCUUGUUUGCUGAAAGGGGAAAAACUAUUCUUUCCAGUAGCACCUCCAGAGCCUGUGGAAGAUAGAAGGAGAGUUCGAGCAAUUCUACCUUACACCAAAGUGCCAGAAACUGAUGAAAUAAGUUUCCUUAAAGGAGAUAUGUUUAUUGUGCAUAAUGAAUUGGAAGAUGGCUGGAUGUGGGUUACAAACCUACGGACAGAUGAACAAGGUCUUAUAGUAGAAGACCUGGUAGAAGAAGUGGGAAGAGAAGAAGAUCCACAUGAAGGCAAAAUAUGGUUCCAUGGGAAGAUCUCCAAACAAGAAGCUUACAAUUUGUUGAUGACAGUUGGCCAGGUGUGCAGUUUUCUUGUGCGGCCUUCAGAUAAUACACCUGGUGAUUAUUCACUUUAUUUUCGGACCAGUGAAAAUAUUCAGCGUUUUAAAAUAUGUCCAACAUCAAGCAAUCAGUUCAUGAUGGGAGGCAGAUAUUAUAAUAGUAUUGCAGAGAUCAUUGAACAUUAUAGAAAAGAACAGAUUGUUGAAGGAUAUUACCUUAAAGAUCCUGUUCCAAUGCAGCAUCAAGAACAAGUGUUUAAUGAUACAGUCAAUGGAAAAGAAAUCUACAAUACAAUUCGUCACAAAACAAAGGAUACUUUUUAUAAAAAUAUUGUCAAAAAAGGAUAUCUUCUUAAAAAAAGUAAAGGGAAGAGAUGGAAAAACUUGUACUUUAUAUUGGAGGGAAAUGAUGCCCAGCUUAUUUAUUUUGAAAGUGAAAAACGAGCCACAAAACCUAAAGGAUUAAUAGACCUUAGUGUGUGUUCGGUCUAUGGAGUGCAUGACAGUUUAUUUGGCAGGCCAAACUGUUUUCAGAUAGUAGUUCAGCACUUCAGUGAAGAACAUUACAUCUUUUACUUUGCAGGAGAAACUCAAGAACAAGUGCAGGACUGGAUGAAGGCUCUGCAGAUGUUUUGCAGUUUAAAGAAAAACAGUCCAGGGGCAUCAAAUAAACGUCUACGUCAGGUCAGCAGUCUUAUCUUGCAUGUAGAAGAAGCUCAUACACUCCCAGUAAAACAUUUUACUAAUCCAUAUUGUAACAUCUACCUGAACAGUGUCCAGGUAGCAAAAACACAUAUCAGGGAAGGUCAGAACCCUGUAUGGUCAGAAGAAUUUGUCUUUGAUGAUCUUUCAUCUGAUAUUAAUAGAUUUGAGAUAAGUCUUAGUAACAAAACAAAGAAAAGUAAAGAUCCAGAUAUAUUGUUUAUGCGUUGCCAAUUAAGCCGAUUACAGAAAGGACAUGCGACAGACGAGUGGUUUCAACUCAGUUCCCAUAUACCACUGAAAGGUAUUGAGCCAGGAUCUUUGCGUGUUCGAGCACGAUAUUCUAUGGAGAAGAUCAUGCCAGAAGAGGAGUACAGUGAGUUUAAAGAGCUCAUACUCCAGAAAGAGAUGCAUGUAGUCUAUGCCUUAUCACAUGUUUGUGGCCAGGAUAGAACACUGUUGGCUGGCAUUUUAUUGAAGAUAUUUCUUCAUGAAAAGCUUGAGUCACUAUUGUUACGAACACUAAAUGACAGGGAAAUAAGCAUGGAAGAUGAAGCUACUACUUUGUUUCGUGCCACCACUUUAGCAAGUACACUUAUGGAGCAAUAUAUGAAAGCCACAGCAACACGUUUUGUUCAUCACGCACUGAAAGACAGUAUAUUAAAGAUAAUGGAGAGCAAGCAGUCCUGUGAGUUAAAUCCUUCGAAGUUAGAAAAAAAUGAAGAUGUAAACACUAAUUUGGCACAUCUACUCAGUAUACUUUCGGAAUUGGUGGAGAAAAUAUUCAUGGCUGCAGAGAUACUGCCUCCGACACUGAGAUAUAUUUAUGGAUGCUUGCAGAAGUCUGUUCAAAGCAAGUGGCCAGCUAAUACAACAAUGAGAACAAGAGUUGUUAGUGGCUUUGUUUUUCUUCGACUGAUUUGUCCUGCUAUCCUGAACCCAAGGAUGUUUAAUAUCAUCUCAGAUUCUCCUUCCCCUACUGCUGCAAGAACGUUGACGCUGGUUGCCAAGUCUGUGCAGAACUUAGCAAAUCUGGUUGAAUUUGGAGCUAAGGAGCCAUAUAUGGAGGGGGUAAAUCCAUUCAUCAAGAGUAACAAACAUCGCAUGAUCAUGUUUUUAGAUGAACUUGGGAAUGUUCCUGAGCUUCCAGACACUACAGAUUACUCUAGAACUGACUUAUCUCGUUAUCUGGCAGCCUUGCAUGAGAUGUGUGUGGCUCAUUCAGAUGAACUUCGGACACUUAGCAAUGAGCGAGGUGUAAUGCAGCAUGUUCUUAAGAAGCUGUUGGCUAUAACAGAACUGCUUCAACAAAAACAACAUCAAUAUUCACUGUCUAAUAACAUCAGGUAGCAGCCUUCUACCUGAAUUCUGCAUGGAUCCAGCAUGUCUAACAUGGCAACUUACACAGGUAUCACUUUUUUUGCUCUUGCCAAAAAUCGCACACCCUGUCACAUUCCCAGUGAUGUGUGAACUAUGCAAAAAAGAAAACAAAGGUUCUGUUAGCAGAUGUUUGAACCAGCAGCUCUUUAAGCUAUAUGUGCAGGAUAUUUGCACUUUUUUCCACUUGGAACCAGUUUUUACAGCCUCUGAGCCUUGGUGUACAGUUUACCUUUUGCAAAGAAAAUGCUGUGACUGUUGUGAGCUUUGAAAAUUAUUUUGAACACCUGUGUCCUGGGGUGACUUUAUGAUGCUUGUAUCUCCAUUGGUCUGUUUAGCCCAGAAAUACGUUUUGCACCUUUAAGAUUUGUUCUGAGAGAGAAGGGGGAAGGGAGAGAAGAAGCGCGCAGUUUUCAGAAACUGCACUCACUCCUCCACAUUCCUGCUCCUGGACUGUGUUGUCUGCAGAGGGACAGACAGUGGGACAGAGCUCUCCUUUGCUUUUUAGUUUUUAGCUAGCUGAGGCAGAGAAGUUCCCUAGACUGUAGUUUUUCUUUUUCUUGGAACUGUUUAAACCUUCUCUGGACUGAACACCCAGAAGAGCACCGGCAGCUCACACCUGUGGCCCCCAGGGGCCUGGCCUAGGCUGCAGCAUUUCCAGCGCUGGAGGGACUGAUAACAGACUGACUGAGCCGAGCUACAGCCCACGAAGGGGACUUUCUGAGUUUGUAAUCUCUUCGGAGCAGCAAGAGGUUUUAUUGUUUAAUAUUGUUAAUUUUUUUUUUUUUUUUGUGCUGGUGAAUGCUUUGCUUGUCAAAUAAAGAGUUUUUUCCACUUUUCUCCAAGGAAAUCUUUUCCUGAACCAGUUGAGGGAGGAGCCACUUGAAUUUGCUUUCUAGAGGAACCCCUUUGCAGGUUUUCUCCCAAAUUUGCCCUAAACCAGGACAGCCUGCAAAUGCCAAAGUUUUUUUGUCUUGUUGGAAAAGAAUUACCAAUUGACAAGGAAAGAUAUGCAUUGUUUUGACAGCUACAUGUAACUGCAUAACAUUUCUUACUGUAAUUUCUGAGUGGUUUCAAUUAUUAUGAUUUUGACUUUUUCAAUCACUUAAGCAUGUAUUUACAAUUUCCAGAUUUUGAUGGUUAUGGUAAGAACAGUAUUUCCUGUAUACUUUUUAUACCGUGCUGUUUCUCUUGCUGGAAUCAUGUCAAAAGAAUAUGCAGAAUGGAUGUUGUCAGCUUUAGUCUUAAUGUGCCACAGAUUCAGUCUAAAUAAUUCUUCCAUCAAGGAUUGUGUAUCCAUCCAAAUAAAUCGCAAUGCUUUUAUAAAAUGUUUACAAAAGUGAA